AUGGAAGUAUAUUGAACAAAAUACGGGAAUCACAUAUAUUCACAUACGAGACCAUCGGCUCGGUUUCACAGUUUGAUCGCCAAGCCACAGACACACACACACACCAUGGGAAUCAUCGGAAACCUCAGUCCCGAGCAGCUCCAAUCCUUCAACUCUCAAGGUUUUAUUGUGAUCGAAUCGUUUGCGAGCCCCGAAGAAAUGGACGCCAUGAGGAAGAGAAUGGAUCAGUUGCUGGAUGAGUUUAACUGCUCCACCGCCUCAAUUUUCUCUACCAGGAACCAGCAACAGUUGACCGACAAUUACUUCUACGAAAGUGCCGAGAAUAUUUCUUUCUUCUUCGAGGAGAAAGCUUUUGGAGCUGAUGGAAAUUUAAAGCAACCCAAAAAACUUUCCAUCAACAAAGCUGGCCAUGCGUUACAUGAGAUUGACCCAGUAUUUAAAAAGUUCUCGUGCUCUGAGAAACUUUCAAGUUUGUUAUUCUCCUUGGAUUACAAGAGGCCAGUGAUCAUUCAGUCCAUGUACAUUUUCAAGCAACCAGGUAUUGGUGGUGAAGUAGUGCCACACCAGGAUAACUCGUUUCUUUUUACUGAACCACCAACUUGUACGGGGCUGUGGCUUGCUCUUGAAGAUGCGACAAUAAUAAAUGGUUGCCUUUGGGCUAUUCCUGGAUCUCAGAAGAAUGGGCUUGUUAGAAGGAUGAUUAGAGGUGAACAGGGGGUUUCCUUUGACCGGCCUUCUCCAACAUAUAACCAAAAAGAUUUUGUGCCUAUUGAAGUCAAAGCUGGGUCUUUGGUUGUGAUUCAUGGUGAUCUUAUUCAUCAAAGUUUUGAGAACCAGUCCUUACAAUCCAGGCACGCCUACAGCUGGCAUGUGGUCGAUACUGAUGGCUGCAAAUGGGCCCCUGAUAAUUGGAUCAGAAGAAAAGUGGAGCCAGAGCCCCUCUAUGUAUCUUAAUAUGUCCAGACAAUUCAUCAACAGUGUUUUACAAAUGACCUACUUUUGCAUCUCUUUUAUAUACCUUCCAUCGUGAAUAAUCUUAUAAUGUGUAUGUAAUACAUAUGAUUUAUGCUUGUCUUGAAAUAAAUUGAGGUUAUAAUGGUUGGUUGUUA